AAUCAAACGUCAUAAAAAUAUUAAGCGAUGUUUGUUUCAGAGAAUAGUUUCAACCAAAGAAUCAUUUUGAUAGAGAAGCGGACGAUGAGGAGUGAAGAAGAAAACGAGUGUCGCCCAAACAGUGCUGUCCCUGAAAUGAUUACACUACGACAACGCAAAGACAAGUGAGUGAACCACAAUUCACAAUUUCACACCACACUCACUCACCAACUCUUAUCUCAAUUCCUCAUCAUCUUUUCCAUUAAUCAUUCUUUCUGUGACUCAUCAGAUCAAUGCCUAAGUUUCCACCGCUUAAAUUAAAUUUUCAAUAUAUAUUUGCUCUGAUUAGCGAUCACUGUUGUUGCCAACACAAUACAACACAACACGAAUCUCCUUCCUCUGCGUUGUGAAUUAUUGAACACCAUAAUCUUGAUGGCAAAUCUCGUGUCAUCGUUUUCAUUCUCAGUGAUUCCUUGGAAUCAGCAUAAAAACGGAGUUAAAUGGUCUUGCUUUCACAAAUCAUGUGUCCAAAGGAAGCAUCAUCAACUUGGAUUGCAAAACCCCAUAAAUCCCUUUUCCCAAAAUCGAACUUCGAAAUUGGGUGCCACAUCACGAUUGUCUGUUGAAGAAACUGAGCAGCAAGUCACUACCUUGAUCCCACCCCAAGACCUAAAAGAAGCAUUGGCUUAUUUGUUUAGGACAGAAAUUGGUGGGGGUUUGGUGAAAGUUUAUGUUACAAAGAAAAGAGCUAGUUAUUCUGUUUAUAUUGAGAUUUCUUCUUUGGAUAUGAGUGGUGUUGAGGGUGAAACAUUGGUGUUAUGUUGGGGUGUCUAUAGAGCUGAUUCUUCAUGUUUGGUGCAUCUGGAUUCGAUGGACGCUGCAACAGGGAUGAAUUUUAGUCCCUUGAUGCAAACUUCUCUUGGCAAGUUUGCAGUUGAAUUGGGAUUUGAUAAUAAACAUGUUCCCUUGUACUUGUCUUUUUUCUUGAUGUCAUCCUCGGAUGCAGGGUUGGAAAUCAGAAGCCAUAGGAAAACAAAUUUUUGCGUGCCGGUUGGUUCCCUUCCGGGAUAUCCGGCCCCUCUGGGGCUGUCUUUUUCACCUGACAGGUCUAUCAAUUUUGCCAUUUUUUCGAGACACGCAGAGAGUGUGGUUUUGUGCUUGUAUGAUGGCACUGGUGUGGAGAAACCUGCUUUAGAGCUUGAUCUGGAUCCCUAUGUCAAUAGGUCAGGUGACAUAUGGCAUAUCUCAUUUGAGAGUGCUGGAACUUUUGUGAGCUAUGGUUAUCGCUGUAGAGGAGCUCUUCUUCAGCGAAAUAAGGAUAGUGCUGCUGAGCAUAUUAUUUUGGAUCCAUAUGCUAAGAUUAUUGGGAAUUUUUAUCCCAAUGAUCUUGGAUCAGUGAAGAAUCUUGGACGUUUGGGGAAGGAACCUGCUUUUGACUGGGGUGAUGAUUAUCGUACUGAUUUAUCCAUGGAAAAACUAGUGGUGUAUCGGUUGAAUGUCAAGCGCUUUACGCAGCAUGUGUCAAGCCAAGUUCCAAGUGAUUUAACUGGGACCUUUACUGGUUUAGCUAAAAAGGUGCAGCAUUUUAAAGAUCUGGGUGUGAAUGCUGUUCUGCUGGAACCAGUUUUCACAUUUGAUGAGAAAAAUGGACCAUAUUUCCCUUGUCAUUUUUUCUCUCCAAUGCACAUUUAUGGGCCAUCUAGUGGUCCUGUGUCUACUAGCAACUCUAUGAAGGAGAUGGUUAAAACCAUGCAUGCCAAUGGAAUAGAAGUUCUCAUGGAAGUUGUUUUCUCCAAUACUGCUGACACUGGUGCUCUACAGGGAAUUGAUGACUUAUCCUACUAUUAUGCAAAUGGAGUAAGUAAUUUGAAGAUACAGAGUGCUUUGAACUGUAACUAUCCUAUAGUUCAAAAUUUGAUUCUGGAUAGUCUUCGGUAUUGGGUAACUGAGUUUCACAUUGAUGGUUUCUCUUUCAUAAAUGCUUCACAUAUGUUGAGGGGAUAUCAUGGAGAAUACUUGUCUCGACCUCCAUUAGUUGAAGCAAUUGCUUUUGAUCCUGUACUCUCAAAGACAAAAGUCAUUGCAGAUUGUUGGGAUCCGCAUGACUUAGUAAUGAAGGAAAUUCGCUUUCCUCAUUGGAUGAGAUGGGCUGAAAUAAACACUAAAUUUUGUAAUGAUGUGAGAAACUUUCUCAGGGGUGAAAAUCUUCUUAGCAACCUUGCAACAAGACUUUGUGGGAGUGGGGACACGUUUUCUGAUGGACGAGGCCCUGCAUUCUCUUUUAAUUACAUCGCUAGGAAUUUUGGACUUCCUCUUGUGGACUUGGUUAGCUUCAGUAGUGAUGAGCUAGCAGCAGAAUUAAGUUGGAAUUGUGGAGACGAAGGACCUACUAAUAACACUGCUGUCCUUGAAAGGCGACUCAAACAAAUCCGUAAUUUCCUCUUUAUCUUGUUCAUGUCACUAGGAGUACCUGUUCUGAACAUGGGAGAUGAGUGUGGUCAGUCUUCCGGUGGUUUGCCUGCAAAUGGCGACAUAAAACCUUUCAAUUGGAGUGCUUUGAAAACAGGUUUUGGUAAACAAAUGACACAGUUCAUUUCCUUUUUAAGUUCAUUGAGAAGGAGACGGAGUGAUCUUCUUCAGAGUAGGAGCUUCUUAAAGGAAGAAAACAUCGAAUGGCAUGGAAGUGACCAGGCUCCUCCAAGAUGGGAAGACCCAUCCAGCAAGUUCUUGGCCAUGACUUUGAAGGCUGAAAAAUCGGAGUUCCUAGAGAGCUCUGUAUCUUCUGAUGUAUCUGGGGAUCUAUUUAUCGUUUUCAAUGCAGCUGAUCAUCCAGAAACUGUAAUUUUACCUCCGCCUCCAGAAGGGAUGUCAUGGUACCUUUUAGUUGAUACUGCUCUUCCAUUUCCUGGUUUUUUCUCGACCAGUGGUGAAGUUGUCCCUCAGCAGACAGCAGGUUCGUUUACUUACCAAAUGAAGUCUUUCAGUUGCACUUUAUUUGAAGCAAACAAUCGGUCCAUUUAGAAGAAACACUUUCCUCAGUUGCGACCUCCCUCAACCUUUGCAAAUUUUGUCAUUGCAAGUAAUUGACUCUUAGUUGUAGAUUUGUAGAUUAAUUAUUAUGACAUAAUGAUAAAUUGGUGAGAAUGCAUGCCCUGUGUAAAUACUCAAUAAUUUCAUUGUAGUGGAGGAUUUAGUUGCUCCUAGUCUGUCUGCUAUCAUUCCGCAAGUUUGACGCUAUAUUUUUCUAUCAACAAAAGGCUUUUCUACGGUAAGAAAUACUGUAGAUCAGUUUCAGCAUAUCCCAGGAUCUUUCCGUACUCCACUGUUCUGAACAAAUAUCUUGCGACAAUGCAUUCACCUCCUUUGCUUAUACCAUCCUUAACAGAUUACCCUCAGCUUCACGAAGUGUUCGAUUGUGCUUAGGACAAUACAAGAUUGAAGAGACUGAUAUAUCGAUUACGACAGUAUAGUUGCAUGUAUUUAGGACUCGUGAUAUUCGCAUUCAUAAAUUCUUUACUUAUAUCAUC